CAUGUUCAGAGCAAAGUCCACCUGCUGGGUCAAAUACAAGCAGUGCUGACAUUAUUACAGUUGAUCUCACUAAAAACUAACCAACAAAAAUAUAUCAAGGCUGUGAGAAGAGCAAGACACCGACCAGAAUGGAUACCACGUCUUCAUUUCUCAAAUCCGUAACCAAGCGAGUUUGGUCGCCGCCACAGCGACCGUUCAGGGUGUGCAGUCAAAACAGGGAGACCAAGAAGGGCAUCACCGCUGGAACCCUGGAGGAGCUGAAAGAGAGGGUAUGCCAAGCGUUGCUGCUGUCCCUCUCUGCACUGUCUCUGUCUCUGGUGUGUGAGGAGGACGGUACCGAGGUGGACUCUGAGGAGUUCCUCAUGACCCUGGCCGACAACACCAUGCUCAUGGCUCUGGAGCCCGGACAGACAUGGACACCACAAGUGGGUGCAAUAGUUUCCAGAUCUCAAGACUACAACAAGCCUCGGACAGGAAAGGACAUCGCCCGCGUCACCUUUGACCUUUACCGAAUCAGCCCAAGGGACCUGUUCGGCUCCCUGAGCGUGAAGGCCACAUUUCAAGGCCUGUACUCCGUCAGCGCUGAUUUUCAGUGUCUGGGGCCCAAGAAAGUCAUCAGAGAGACUCUUCGUGUUGCCUCCACCCUCCUUCAGGCCGCCGGACACCUGCUCAUCACUACUGCCUCCAUGAUCCGCCGCAUUAUCGAAGGCGCUGAGCUUUGGCAGCCACAGAGGGGAGAGUACACCGCCAACUGGAACUGACAGAGCUGAGAGAGAGACAUCUGAUAUUAUAAUACGGAUUCUUCUGAGUUCACUCCGAGUAAUGAGCUUCUCAUUUGGUAGCCAGGGUGUUGUCUAAAUUAGUUUACCUCCUUAAGAGGGAGAAAAUAAACAUGAACACCUGUUAAGGUGGUAUUAAUAACAGUGAUGCUCUUUUAUGUGGUGAUUGUAUAACAGUGAACCUUUAACAUUUUGAUGAUUUCAGGUUGUAAAAAGAAUGAGUUGGACAAAAAAAAGAGAAACGCAUCUUAUAUGAUUGUGUUAGAAACUGUAUUUAGCAACUAUGGUAGCUUUAUAAUGUAUGUCGGGUAACAUGAGAGUGAAUUCCAUAGCUAUUAAUGUACUUAUUUUCUGUGCAAUAUAUUCUACAUAAUAAACAUAAACUUGAUUGUG